AUCAUGGUGCGUACAGUAGCAGUGAUCGGGGCGGGUCCCUCAGGUCUGACCAGCAUCAAGAGCUGUCUGGAUGAGGGUCUGGAGCCCACCUGCUUCGAGAGCAGUGAUGACAUCGGGGGGCUGUGGAAGUUCAAGGAGGUUUCUGAGCCCAACAGAGCCAGUAUCUACCGUUCCCUCACCAUCAAUAUCUCCAAGGAGAUGAUGUGUUUCAGCGACUUCCCCAUCCCAGCUGACUACCCCAACUACAUGCACCACUCCCGUAUCCUGCAGUACUUCAGGCUCUAUGCUGAACACUUCAAACUGCUGCAGCACAUCCACUUCCAGACCAGUGUGCGGAGUGUGAGACAGAGGCCAGACUUCAGUCAUUCAGGCCAGUGGGAGGUGGUGACAGAGAACAGGGAGGGACAGAAGGAGACACACAUGUUUGACUCUGUCAUUGUCUGCUCUGGCCACUACUCCUACCCACACCUUCCACUUAAAGACUUCUCAGGUAUUGAGUCGUUUGAGGGGAAGUACUUCCACAGUUGGGACUAUAAGGGUCCAGAGGACCUUCAUGGGAAGAGGGUGGUGGUGAUCGGCAUCGGCAACUCUGGAGGAGACAUCGCUGUGGAGUCCAGCCGGGUGGCCGAGCAGGUGUAUCUGAGCACGCGUCGCGGUGCGUGGGUCAUACGUGUGCUGUCGGACAACGGCUUGCCCGUGGACAUGAAGUAUAACACACGCUUUGUCCACAUCCUGUUCCAACUGCUGCCAGUUAACUGGCUCAGCUGGUUCGGAGAGAAGAAGCUCAAUGCCAUGUAUGACCACACCAUGUACGCCCUCAAACCCAAACACAG